CACUAGUUACUUCUCAAGAUGGCGGCCCAACCAAGUUCAGGUAAUUGGUAGUUUAUUUUAGAUGUUCUCUACACUGAAGAAGAAAAUAUGUCAGACAAUUUUCAGCAUACGUAUCAAUAGUGAAGCCUUUCCAAUCAUAAGUGAUGGGACCUCGGAGAAUACAUCGCCAGUCCUUAUUCGGAAGUUAUGCGGAAGUUCGGCGAUGUCGACUAAUCAUUUUACAAACUGUUUGGACUUCGUUUCUUUUUCUUUACUAUCAGCGUUUUCUGUUUUAUGUUGAAAAGGGAAAAUUUAUUUUGGAUAAGUGUGAAAGCUAUUAGAUUUGUUUAGAUAUCUUUUUCUCAACUAAACCUCGCUCUGUAUCAGGUGAUUAUCUCGCAUUGCAUGAUGACUGAGCUAUAAUUGGCCAUGUUUAUUUUGUUUAAAUUUGCUCAUCGAACUUCUCGUUCACGGAAGAUGACUCAACAAUAAUCAGAUGUAAAGGAAUAUUUACUAGCUUUUAAUAUACGGCACUUAACUGUGGAAUGCUUCAUAUCUUGAUGAACGCACAGAUGAUGUAUGAACCAAUUGUUUAAUAACAUUUUCAAUCCAAUGAAAAAUUUUUUCUCGAGGGAUUUGUUUGCUGAUGUCAUGAGGGUGCACAAUAGGAAUAUGAAGCAUGCUCACGCAACUUGUUUGGACAAAUUUACUAGCUAUGUUAUAAUUUCUGUUAAUACCCGAGUGGUAUCUGUUUGUUGAAAUUCACAGUUUUCCUUGAGCUUGGUCCCCAGAGAACUGAUGGCUUCUUGAAACAGAUAAUUUUUUUACACAAACAUCUUAGCUUAUUUUUGCACCAAGUACGGGUUGUUGUAUAGAUACAAUAACAGAGACACAUGAGCAUUAUUACUGAUACAACUGAUUAUAGUUGUGCUGUUGCUGUUUUUUUUGACUAGAGCUUUAGCUUUCAAUUACCUCAUGUGAGGUGAUUAAGUCUUUUUGCCCCUAACAGUGACUAUAAUUUAAUUUCUCCUUACAGUAUUGCCACUGAAUCAAAUAUUAAGCUCAUGAGUAGAAAAGAAAUGAUUGCCAGCUUAGGAGCUUUUUGAUUGUUAAACAUAUUAUCCCUGUUGUUAUCAUAGGAAAUGUAUACAGAACAGUAUAGAGAAUAUGCACACUGAUGUUAUGGUGUAAAAGGUUAAAGCAGAGUAUUGCGCAAUCAUCAACCAAUCAGACUGAGAUUGUUUGGGUGUUUGUAAUCAUCUGAGACUCGUUGUUCAACAGAGGAGUUUAUUACAUCUUACAGAAACAUCAUGGAGUAACAGGAAGUUACAAAAGCUGAUAGUAAUGCAAAGAAUAAAACAGGUGAAUGACAAUCUCUGGUAAGUUAAAUUAUCAAUUUUUUCUGAUCACUAGGGAAUGCACGAGCUAAUGUGAUGACUGGUGAUUUGCCAGAGGAUUUUUUGCGGCUUUCGCCAGCAGUAAACCAAGCACCUCCUCCUGCAGGACAGAUGGUUCCAGUCCAGCCUGUUACUUAUUACCAACCAACAGGGUUCAUGCAGCCAAUUCAGCCUCAACACAUAGGAAGAUUAAGCAUUACAGUACAACAGGUCUGCAAAGUUCAGUUUUAGUUUUAAUAAAGAGUGUUAUAUUAAGGAUCCGCACAUAGUUUUAGUGAGAAAAAAAAUAAAUUUAAUUAAUUUACUAAUUUAGUAAUAAGUAUUAAGUUUGUAGUUGUGUAUCAAGGGAUUAAAGUUUUUUCAUGUUCUUUUUAAAAUGUUGUUCUGUGCUUAAACAGAACGGCCUUGGCUCUGUACGGUGUUAGAUCACAGAUAAAGUCAAAAUGUGGUACGUAAAGAAGUACCAAGUACCACAAGAGUGGCACAAAAGGCACAGGUGAAUGUGUCACAGAUACACUGCAAUAUAGACUGAAUCUAUUAUUUUAUUAAAUAGCAACCACAUGUGGUAGAUAACAAAUGAUGAAAAAAUGAGCUCCAUUUAAAUUUUACAGGCUCUCUUUAUUCACCUCAACAGGCUAAGUUGGCUAAGAAUUAUGGCAUAACCCGCAUGGAUCCUUACUGUCGAAUUACAGUGGGAAACCAUGUGUUUGAAAGUCCAACAGCUCAUAAUGGUUCAACAAACCCUCGUUGGAACAAGUUGAUGUCAAUGUAGGUACCUACAUGGGAAACUUAUCUAAUUGACUUUUUUCCUUUAAAUAACUUGCAAGAUCUGAUUGAUAAUCUACCCUCUAAUGACAGCUCAUUUCCUUCUAAAGAAGGUACAAAAAUUAGGUGUUGGGUCAAGAUAACAAAUUAAAUAACUGAUAAGUUUAAGUUUUCUCAUUACCUGUUUGCUGGAUACUGUACAAGUAUUAUAGGGAGAAGUUACAUGGUAAUCCCUUAUGAGAAUUAAAGGGUAAAUGGGUGUCACUUGCUAGUAAUUCAUAACUUGCAUGUUACUUAGGGACGUUGGUGUAUUUUUUUUUUUUCGUUUGUUUUCCUAAGCCAAGUUAGACUGUCUUUGCAAGUAUGAGGAGUUUCUUUACUUCUGCAUGCUUUGUGUAUCUUUAUCUAAAGUCUUCUUUGUGGUGUCCCUCAAAAUGUUUACUAUGAAAUAACAUUUUUUUAUUAUUUCACAGUCCCAUGCAAGAGGGUGUUAAGAAUGUGUAUGUGGAAAUUUUUGAUGAGGUGAUAACCAUUCUCAUACAUAUUAUUUUAUGAUAACCUGAGUAUUUAGUAUGACUUGUACAAUUUGGUUAAACAGCAAUGAACCUAACAAAUGAUUGUGUUUCUUACUACCUCAAUUAUCUUAGUUGGCUCCUACAACAGCUGUAUUAUCAGUCUUAAGUUUAUUCAAGCUUCAGAUCCACAUAUCUUUAUCUGUCAUCAACUUCUAAGAAUACAGUUGUUGCCAUUUAUGUACCUUGGAGAUCUAUGAAAAAAAAUAUUGCUCUAUACGAACCAUGAAUUUAUUUCAGUCUGUGCUUGUUGGUAAUUAUAUCUCAAUGGUUCUCCACCAAACCAAAGUUGAUUUUAUUACAUUGCAUCAUUCUUUAACAGUUUUAUUAGCUGUCAUGUUACUUUAAUUCAGUCUUUUAGUGGUUGUACAAAGAUGCGUCAUAACUUUUCCAAUUCCAGUAGAGCAAUUUUUCUAUUGCUAUGACCUGGAUACAAAAUUAUGGAGUUUAAAUUAUAUGUCCAUGAUCUUGAGCAUUUGAAUCCCCAAAUGUAGUCCUCUCAGAAAUGUUGCCAGUGAUACAAAACUUUAUUUUAAACAAGAGCUUUGAAUGGUGGAGACUGGGAAAGUGUAUUUCACUAAAAACAAUUAUUAUUGAUGUAGUCAGAGCGUCUUAUCAACUUUGCAACUGGUCAAACGGUCUGUUGUAUUCUUUGGAUUUCAGCGUGCAUUUUCUGUGGAUGAGCGGAUUGCCUGGGGUCUGGUUGCAAUUAAAGAUUCAGUGUUUUCAGGAGAAACCUUAGAGGAUUGGUAUUCCCUUAGUGGAAAGCAAGGAGAAGACAAGGAAGGAAUGAUCAAUUUGGUUUUUUCAUACAGGGUAGGUUCAUUUCAGUUUUUUGUGGUAUGUUCAUUUUUCUGUUUGUUUGCUUUCUAAAAAUCUGCUUAUAAUUACUGUUUCUUCUAGGAAACAACAUCAUUUAAGAGACUUUUUUCCAUACAGUGCUCUUUAGACUAAGAAUUAAAUUGGUGUGACAGCUAUUAUUAUCAUAAAUUGUAUGUUGUUUUUACUACAGUAUUAAUCUAUGACAGUAUUCAAAAAAAGCUGAACAAGUAGAAACCAGAAAAAGUUAAAUGCCCAAAUACUUGCAAAUAAUGAUCUGGCAUUCUUUUUCAACUUCUUUGUCAAUGUUUCUUGUUGUUUACUUCUUUGCUUAUCUCCUUCCCCUAGCAAACCAUUAUUUUAAGUAUAUUUGAAGCAAGUUUGUAUACUAUCAGCUAAAAACCUUUAUUUACACAUCAUAAUUGAGCCUCUCUUGACAUGAAUCUGUUGUUAUGUUCAUUUUAGCAAGUAUCAGCUCCCCCACCACAAGCGAUGAUGUAUCCUAGCAUGCCAGUUACUAAUGUACCAGUCAUGAUGGUGCCUCAGCCAGUUGUGCCAGGUACUCAAGUCCUUUAUCCAGGAGGAUAUGGUCCUGGUCAGCCUGUUCCAACUGGUCCACAGCAACAUCAACAGCAACCACAUCAGCUUAAUCAGCAGGAUAUAACAGGCUUAAAAGAUAUGUUCCCCAGCAUGGAAGAGGGUGUUAUUCGAUCUGUGCUAGAGGCAUGUAGGGGAGAUGUUAAUGCAGCAACAACUCAUUUGUUGGGAAUGACGUCAGACUCUUGAACUAUGCAGAUACUCAAUGAACACACUGAUGAGCUGGAGUAUUGGUGAUGAGUCCAAGUUUUAGAUGAAAUCUGAAUAGCAGAAAAUUUGGCAAUUAGACCCAAAAUCUAGUAAACAGCCUUCAAGGGAGAGUCUCAGUGUAAGAAAUAGAUAGGGAUGUUCCCCAGAAAUUUUGAGUUUUAGAAAACUCAAAGUAGGCCAAUUGUUCCAGUUCUGUUCGACCCAAAAAGAUAAAACUUAAGGGGUGAAAUGGCAAUUGGCUGAAAGCAGUAAAUUCUUUCAAAUGAAGUGCAACUCGAAAACUGUUUGCCAUUGUUUUUCUUUUUUUAUUGAGCUAUCAGUAAUGAUAUGAUGGCAGCUGAAUAUAUCAGUGUUUCAUCCUGAACAACAAAAGCUGUAAGUGUGAACAAACUCUGUGAUUUGAAGCCCUGAGUAAGCAAAAUAGCAUCCUUAUUUCUUUCAUAUGAGAGACCCCCCUUGGGUUGAGGAAUUUGUAGUCAUCUUAAUGUAAAGUUAAAGCAAAGACAGAUGUUAUCUCCAAAAAUGCUCAUUGUGGUCUCAUGUGUGUGUCAAUUCCAGAUUAGCAUAGGAAUAAUUUCCUUUCACUGAUUCCCUUGCAAAUCAUUGAGAGUGUGGAUUUAUAGCAAAGAAAGAUAGUGAAUGUAAAGUGCUCCAUCAUCUGAACCUCCCAUAUUACACUAGUAAUGAAAACUCCAUACCUUUGGCUCAUACUUAGUCUAAGAUAAAUGACACAAAAAAGUUUGACAAAAGACAAAUCAAUGAUGCUUUUUAAAAAACACUUUUUUAAGAUUUAAAGUUUCUUUUAUUUGAAUGUUGAUAACUUCACUAGUUUUUUUGGAGAAAAGUCUGCUCUAACACACCACAACUAAGACUAAGUGCCUCAGAAACAAAACUCUGACUGAUCAAACUUUAACAUCAAGUGAUGUCUACCGAAAAAAGUACUAGAAAUAUAUUUAAAAUCUCAACAUAAAUGCAAUCAACAAUAUAAUUUUUUUAAAUAGUUGAAAAUGGAACGCUCUUGUGAUGAGGCAUUGCUUGAUAAGAGUAGUGCUUUUCUCUACUCUAGAAAAACAAAUAAUAUUAGAUGGUUGUGAAAAGUGAUUAUUGCAAAGAGGAAUAACUCGUAAAUAUAGAUCUGUGACCAUUGAUAGCAUUAUCAGUAGAAAAAGUUGCUAAUCAAGAGAAAAAAUGAUGAAAAAAAAAAGAAGUACAGAAUGAUUUUGUCCCAAUAGUCAUUUAAAUGAUAUGAAAAACAUCCAAUAAUCUGGCUUGCUAUAUUCCACGAAUUUUGCCUAAUUGCAUAAAUUGGUUGGAAACAGCAUGGGUGCAUAGUGCUUGAUUCUUUAUUUUUGAGGGCCACGGGACCAAUGGCACCAGUUAUGUACAUCAUGUGUCAUGCUCUUAAAGAGAAAAAGUUUGCAGGAAGGAGGUUGUAAACAGCCAAUAUUUUGGGAAUUAUUUGGCUACAUAUUGACAUUUAUUAUAUAGAUUCUGAUGAAAUACCAGGAUUUUUGCUUUUACUAAAAAAUCAUAUCUUCAUCGCACGCAGCGAAGAUGCUGUUUUUAUCUUCCACGUGUGAGGAGAUUGGUGUCGCCAUGGUUACUAACAUACUAUGAUACUAUGCUUUGAAAAUGAAUUUUUAAAAAAGGUGUCUUUUAUGUAGGAAUUUCAUCAGUAUCUAUCAAAUAAACAGAACAUACAUGGCCGCUUGGGGAUACAAAUUUUAUCUUCUCGUGCUGAAAGUAUCUCUCACUCGUGAGAAGUACUUUCAGCACUCGAAGAUAAAAUUCGUAUCCUCACGCGCGGCGCGCGGCCAUGUAAUACCCUCUAUAUAUAUUUGCCCCACCUUGGGAGAAAAAUGAUCAGCUUUAAUUAACCAAGGAAAUAGUAGAGAAACUGCAUCUUCUGUUACUUUCAUGAAGAAAAUCAUAAAAUUGUGCAUAGGACGUCUUAAAAUUGAAUUCUGUACUACCAUAUAGUGAAGUGAAAGUCGUGUUUCUAAUUUUGUUUUGCCUCUAAAAUUCUAUUUUGAGUUUCUUUCUUCUUUAAACUUUUAAAAAAUGACCAAUGUGGCAUGAAAUGCUAGUAACCUUGACUGGUCGUUGUAAUAGUCAAUCUUCAAGGUGAUCAUAACAGAAUUUGCUAUCUCCCUGAUCUCCACAGGAUACGUGUUACAUGACAAGAUUUCUUUCCAAUGAGCAAUGAGCUUUUUCCAAGUAGACUUGUCCCUCUUGUCCAAAGUCACGGGGCGAAGAUCCUGGAAACGAGGUUAACAUAAUAUUACGCCUCCGUUACCUCGCGAAGCUUUGUCACGCUAUCUAAAAAUCGCGAAAGUUACCUUCACUAACUACUGUUGGUUUCUUUUGUCAUACAUAGUCGUAGAAUUCAAAGAAGAUGACGUUUUAUAGGAAUGUAGUCUGGUUUGCCAAAGGUUUACGUGAAUAUACGAAGAACGGAUAUAUUGCAGCGGAGAAAUCGUUUGAUCCGAAAGCAUUAGAUGUUGAUGUUUCAUCGCGAACGUUCAUGAUAACUGGCGCAAAUAGUGGAAUUGGAAAAGACACAGCAGCAUUUUUAGCCAAAAAAGGAGCCACAGUACACAUGGUUUGCCGCAGCGAAACUAGAGGUGAAGAAGCCCGAAAAGAGAUCAGCGAAUCGUCGGGAAACGAUAAAGUAAUUUUGCACAUCCUUGAUAUGUCCAGGCCCAGAAUGGUGUGGGAAUUCGUGGAGAAGUUUUCAUCCGCCAAUGAAGCUCUUCACGUCCUUAUAAACAAUGCUGGUUGUAUGGUGAACACAAGAGAAGUCGAUGAAGAUGGUCUGGAGAAGAACUUUGCCACUAAUACUUUGGGAACGUACAUUUUGACAUCUGGUCUCAUGCCUUUGCUCCUCAAAAACGAAGCUCCGAGAGUCAUUACAGUUUCGUCAGGUUGGUUAGAAUUUAUGUAGCUGCACUUUAUAUAAAAGAGAGGUUUACGAGUGAAAAUAUCUCAAAAUUUCGCUUAUUGCACUGUGAGCAAAUUUUGAUUUAUUCCAAACUUUACACGUCGCACAUUACGUAAUCACCCAGUGGAAAUAAGUCAAUUUUUUCGUAAGAGCUCGAAUGCACCUUGAACUUUGUCUUGUGAUUUCAAUGUAAAUAGGCUGAAGCAUUUGGAGGACACGAAAUGUUUUCCUAUGUAGGAAUAAUCAGGCCGUCUGUUAAAUUCUCAUUUUGAUGAUCGACCUUUGUUUAUCAUCCAAUGCCUCCUUGGACUAUCUACUAAGGAGAGGGAGGGGAGGAGAGGGGAGGGGAGAGAGGGAGGGGCGGUGAGAGAUCCUAGCAUUUCUAACUAAGCCUUUAAAAUUAGCUGAACAAGGCGAAAUCGUGUUAUUGUUUCUUCAAUAGAUAACUUAUUUAUUAUGGAAUAUCAGGAGUGUCUUUUCAAGUUUUAAAUAGAGUUACACAGAGACAAAUGACUCUUCAAAGUGGGCUAAGAUUUGAAGAUAUAGCAUAGAGCAAUGCCACUCCAAUCAGACAUUCACUUUGAGAUCUGUAUCAUUAAUUCUUGGAACUGCUAUCUCACAAACUGCUUCUAACAAGCUAUAUGGGUUUAUUUCAUUUUUUGCAGGAGGUAUGCUGGUUAUGAAACUUGAUAUAAAAGAUCUGCAGUUUGAAAAGAUGAACCCAUUUGAUGGAACCAUGGCAUAUGCACAAAACAAACGGCAGCAAGUUAUCAUGACUGAAAAAUGGGCAGAAAAACACAACGAAAUUUUGUUCUCUUCCAUGCAUCCAGGUAAGUUGUUGUGCAAAUAUAAGAAAAGCAAAAUGCAUUUGACACACUUGUACUGCCUAUUGUGAGUGCUAUUGUUCUUGAAGUUGAAUAGUGGUCAAUGCAAUAGCUGAGGUGGAAAGAAUUGUGAUUGUGCUGGAGUCUGAGUUGCAAGGUUUAAGCUUUUUGCUGUAUUGUUCUUCUAUUAACAAGAUAGUUAAUUUUCAGUGUCUUGCCUUGCAUGAGCAAGAGUGUAGAUUAACAUCACCGUAUCCUUAGGAAAAUGUUGUGGUAAACUGUGCCAGCAUGGGCCAUAGUUGCUUAAUCUCAUUAAAACUGGUAAAGGCCACAGAGACUUCACCCUUUGCAAACUGCUUUUACUUUCGCAUAACAUACACAUUCCUUCCAUUUAUUAUUUUUUCUUGGUUAAUACUUCUCAGGUAUUAUUUUUGAUCAGAGGAAACCUUUAAAUUCUUUUUAUAACAGAGUCCAAUUACACUUUUUUGUGGUGAUACAGUAGUUAACUGACACCACCAUGAUUGCACACUGAUGUGACAAAUGGACAACUGCAAAAACAAUUAAAACUGCGCCAGUUCAUGUAAGGCAAUCAUUAUAUUUCAGGUUGGGCAGAUACUCCAGCAGUGCAGACAUCAAUGCCAGGUUUCCAUCGCAAAAUGAAGGACCGUCUGCGUACUUGUGCUCAGGGUGCUGACACAAUCAUUUGGCUGUCUGUUGCUGAUAUGUCAAAGGAGCCCCGUGGUGCCUUCUAUCAAGAUAGAAAACCAGUUUCAACUCAUUUACCUUUGGCAUGGUCAAAGGCUUCUGAUGGUGACAAAAAUGAGCUGAUGACCAACCUGGAAGAUUUGGCUUCCAAGUUCAAGCCUGAUUCAUCAGCCAACUGA